GAAUUCAAAGACAUGAUCAUAGAGUUCCGAACAACUGUGCUACCCAGAAAGUUCAACAGAGAAUACAAAGAGGAGCCAGAACUAGAAACUGUGAUGAAUAAAAUGACUGAGAUUACAACACGAUAUGAGAAACUGACGGUUAUUGCAGCUGAUGUUGAUGACCACAAGAUACCAGUGACUGAUGCCCUCAGUUGUGCUGAUAUAUUCCUUGCAACAUAUGGUAACAAAGUGGAUGAUGUCGAGGCUGAGAAUCUCAGACGUGAUCAUGCUGAUCUGACAAAGCGUUACGAGAAAGUGGCAGAUGAAACUGAUGAAAGAGACAGUAACCUUGACGAUUCAAAGAAGACACUUGACUUGUUCACUCAGAAGGUGUCAUCAUUUGAGACAUGGUUGGUUCCUUCAGAGAGGACAAUGAAAAAGUUACAAGAUAAUGUCCCAAAGGACCCUUCAAAACUGAAAGAACAAGAAAAGACAGCAAAGAAAUUUGCUGCUGAUGUUGCGGAUCACAAAGAGGAACUUGAUGACACUAACAUGACUGGACAACAUUUUAUUGAUGAGGCAAAGGAAUUCAAAGACACGAUCACACAGUUCCGAACAACUGUGCUACCCAGAAAGUUCAACAGAGAAUACAAAGAGGAGCCAGAACUAGAAACUGUGAUGAAUAAAAUGACUGAGAUUACAACACGAUAUGAGAAACUGACGGUAGAAUCCACCAAAUAUAUUGAGACACUUCAUGUUAUUAUCGUGAAACACACUACAUUAGAAUCAACAACAGUUGGUGUGAAAUCAGUUGUGGAUGAUAGAGAAAAGGCUGAGGAUGAUAGAGAAAAGAAAAUCAUUGAGGAUGAAUUAAAGGAACAUAGCUACGAUCUCGAGGAGUUACUCAAAUGGGUGUCAGCUGUCGAGAUAAGCCUUGGAUCUGAACAACCAUUGAAAGAAGAGCCUGGACAACUCAAUAAACAGGUUAAAUCAAACAAGGUUAUUGCAGCUGAUGUUGAUGACCACAAGAAACCAGUGACUGAUGCCCUCAGUGGUGCUGAUAUAUUCCUUGCAACAUACGGUGACAAAGUGGAUGACGUUGAGGCUGAGAGACUCAGACGUGAUCAUGCUGAUCUGACAAAGCGUUACAAGAAAGUGGCAGAUGAAACUGAUGACAGAGACAGUAACCUUGACGAUUCAAAGAAGACACUAGACUUGUUCACUAAGAAGGUGUCAUCAUUUGAGACAUGGUUGGUUCCUUCAGAGAGGACAAUGAAAAAGUUACAAAAUAGUGUCGCCAAAGACCUUCCGAAACUGAAAGAACAAGAAAAGAAUGCAAAGAAAUUUGCUGCUGAUGUUGCGGAUCACAAAGAGGAACUUGAUGACACUAAUAUGACUGGACAACAUUUUAUUGAUGAGGCAAAGAACUUCAAGGAGAUGAUCGUUGAGUUCCGAACGACUGUGCUACCCAGGCAGUUCAACAGAGAAUACGAAGAGGAGCCAGAACUAGAAACUGUGAAACAUAAAAUGACUGAGAUAACAACACGAUAUAAGAAACUGACGGUAGAAUACACCAAACAUAUUGAAAAACUGAUUGUUCUUAUCGAGAAGCACACCACAUUUGAAUCAACAGUUGAUGCAGUGUCACCAUGGUUACGUAAGACUGAGGAUGAAGCCACUAAAGAGAAGAAGAAGCCAGUACCCACAAAGCCGGAUUCUGUUCAGAAGAGAGUUGACCAACUGAAGGACAUGAGCGAUGACAUUGUUUCUCACAACGGGGAUGUUGAGAAAGUUAAAGAUACUGGUCGUGAGUUGAUUGAAGUUCAUCCUCAAGUGAUGAAGGAUGUUGCUCAGCAAGUCGGUGAUAUUGUCACUCGCUAUGAAGCAUUGAAGAUUUCUGCCACCAAGACAACGAACGUGCUACAGACUGCGCUGACAGAGUCGCAGACUACCCAUGAUGCAUUGGAGGCACUCGUCACUUGGACAGACACAGCAGAGAUGACACUUGAGUCGCUUGACAGAGAUACACCAAUUGUGAUUGAGAAGAAACCACUCCUGAUCAUUCACGAACAAGUGGAGGUUUUGAAGGCUGAUGUUGAUAGCCAUAAACCGAGCAUUAGCUCAGUCUGUAAUACAGUGAAGAGGGACCCAAAACAAUCUAAGGCUCUGAAACCACAGACAGAUGACCUGAACACCAGAUAUAACAGGCUGUCAAAUAGAACGAACUUACUCGGAGAUUAUGUAAAAGGACGUCUAGACAAGUUAGGCGAAUUCUUGGAGAAAGUAGACCAGUUAGAAAACUGGCUUCUUCCAGUGCUGAGAACUCUGGUAUCGCAGGAGUUAGCCGAGUUGCCGGCAUCGAAGCGGAAUAAGAAGUUAGAGGACAUUGAAGAAGGUACUGAGAAAAAGCGUCCACUGUAUAGAACCAUACAGCAUCUGGGACAGCAGUUGACUAAAGAUCCCAAAGCAAGUGACACCGAAAGAGCAUCUGAAGUCUUAAAGAGAGUGACAACGAACUGGGAAUCUCUGGAAGAUGUUCUCAACAAGAGAAAUAUGCAAAUGAGGGAGCUACAGAAGAACCACUCACAGUUCACAGUCUCUGCCCAGGAAGUCACCACAUGGCUGGAUAAAACAGAAGACAAGGUGGAAAGAUUAGAACCAGUUGCAUUUGAGGCUCCCAUUAUCCAGAAACAGAUUCUGGAUCAUAAGCCACUUGCGAGAGAAGUCAAAGAGUACAAACCAAAGAUUACUAAGACAACUGAUCUUGGGAAAAAGUUGACUGAACCAUCUGUAGGGUGGGAAGUGUUACAAAAUGAGGUUCCCAUCAAGAGAAGCUCAAGCUUUGCUGAACCGACACAAGAUGAACGAGAGGAGAUCACUGAAGUGCAAAUAGUCAGGGAAUCACCAACACCUAUCAGUGAAGCAUACCCUGAGGUAAAGCAGCAAAUCGAAGAGAUAACAGAUCGUUAUGAAAAACUGAAUCAAUGCAUUGACGACAGACAGGAAGACAUGGAAACCGGAUUAGACCAGUCCAGAAACGUCAAAGCCAGACGUGAUUCUUUGGAAGAUGUCAUGGAAUGGAUUCAGGAUAUGGAAGAAAAGAUAAAACCGGAUGAACCAAUCCCAGAGGAGCUUGUAGCAGCGACAAAGACACUCAAUGAUCAGAAGGUUUUGAAGGACGUUAUCACAGCACGGAAAGUAUCUCUCACAGAUCAGAUCAAAACAACGGAGAAAUUCCUCCUGGACAAUCGAGAUCAACUGACAACAGAACAGCAGAAUUCACUGCAGUACCUCUUAGAUGACAUCACACAAGGUUACGACCACCUGACAGGGUUGUCUGAUAAUAAAAUCCGACAACUACAAGGGAUAGUAAGUCAACUUGAACAGGAACUUGGAGAAAAGGCUGCCCUGAAAGACCAGUACAAGAUGCAGCAGUACGGUGUACAUGAACUUGUGGAUUGGGUGAAAGCAUUGGAGGAGAGACUGGGAUCUCAACAACCAAUGAAGGAAGAACCGGAGCAACUCGGUCAGCAAGUGAAUGAAGUCAAGGCCAUCCAAGAUGAUGUGGUGUCCCAUGAACAGCCAAUGACGAAAGCUGUCCAGGGAGCUCUGGAUUUCUUGGAUCAACAUGAUACAAAAUUAGAUGAUAACGACAAAGAGAAACUUCGUAAAGAAGCAGAUGAUUUGAAAUCACGCUAUGACACUGUCAAGCAAGUUACUUCAGAGAGAGUAAAUACGCUUACCACCUCAGCAGAGAAUCUGAAAGAGUUCUAUCAGCGAAUCAUAACUUUUGAGGUCUGGUUAGUUAAUGAGGAGGACACCUUAGCAACUACUCUUAAGGUGGUUCCAAAGGAGAUAAGUGGCCUUAAAGAUCAUGAGAGACUUGUGAAGAGUUUUAACCAUGACGUCAAGAGACAUAAAGAGGAUCUUUCACACAUAAAUGUAGAUGGACAGAAGUUCUUGGACGUUGCCAAGGAAUACAAGACUCAGAUAACAGAGUUCAGAACCACCGCUCUACCAAAGCAGUUUACUAGAGAGUACAAAGAGGAGACUGCACCUGCCAUCAUUCAUGAUAAGAUCACAGAUUUGAAUACCAGAUAUGAUCGACUUACUGCUGACUUUGACAAACAAACAUCAAAAGUUGGCUACGUCGCACAGAAGUACCAGGUAUUCCGAGACCAAAUCACCAUGGUUACAACUUGGCUGAUAAAGAUAGAGACUGAGACAUCAAGUCUGGUGCAGGAACCAGUUAAAUCUGAGCCGGCACAGAUACAGGAACAAAUUGACAAAUUGAAGACAUUGAACGAUGAUGUCAUCUCUCAUGGUACGGAUAUUGACAGCCUGAAGGAAAAUGCUAAAGACUUGAUGGAAAGUCAACCCGAAUAUAAACCAGAAGUUGACAAGACAAUUUUGGAAAUAACGUCCCGAUAUCAGAGAGUUCAGUAUCAAAUUACUUCAAGGAGUACGCUACUUCAAACAUCGUUGUCACAAUCCCAGAGCGUUGUGGAUAAUCUUAACGAUUUGGAUGAAUGGUUGAAAGAAGCUGAGAAUGAGGUCGACAGAUUGGAGAAAGAAUCCCCUGUGGUCAAAAGAGAACCACUCAUGGACCUGCUACAAGAAGUCAAGGUUCUCCAGUCAGAUAUUGACAACCACAGACCAACACUGGACGCCAUCCGUAAGUCACCAGAAUCCAGGAGUAUGAAACCUCAGGUUGAUGACGUCACUGGCCGAUUCCGUAAAUUGGAUGACCGAGCCAAACGACGUGGUUUAUACCUUCAGGGACGAGUGGAUAAGUUGUCAGAUUUCCUGGAUAAAGUUGAUGAGUUAGAAGAUUGGCUGUUGCCAACACUGAGAGAUGUGGAAUCUGUAGAGACCGGUAGAAAACCAGCAGAAGAUUUGGCACAGAAACAAAAGGAUGUCACAAAACAGAUGGAUACAUAUCAUCCGAUGUAUGACACUGUUAACAGACUCAGUAAGGAACUUACUAAAGAUCCAAAAGCCAGCAACACCGCCCCAGUCACUGAUAUCAUAGAUAAUGUCAACAAAAACUGGGAAGCCCUGCUGGAUGCUCUCAAGAAGAGAAAUGAACAACUUGAGGAACGCCAGUUUGCUGAGGGUCAGUUUACUGGACAUGUGAAGUACGUAACAGACUGGCUGGAUAAGACUGAGGCUAAAGUGGACCAAUUAGAAGCCGUUGCAGAUGACACAGGCACCCUGAAACAGCAAAUGAAUGAGCAUAAACCAAUCCUUAAAGACGUAAAAGCCUUCAAGCCUAAAGUAGAGAAGGCACAAGAACUCGGCACCACAUUGGAUACCAUGACUGAAGAGACGGCACCGCUCACUCCAUUGGUGCCCCAUGUACGCAGUACAAUCUUAGAAGAAAGUGAAGCUCCAGUAGAACAUGUAGAGGAAAUGACUCUGAAAAAGGAAGACGCUCCAGAAGUUGUUUUUAAAGAGCCAACACCAGUUCAAAGACAACUGUCAGACAUCACAACUCGCUACGAAACUCUUGAUGAUAAAGUAACUGAUCGACAAGAACAGCUUGACACCAACCUUGAUGUUGCCGAAAAGAAAGAGAGUCUGAAGGGCAUGCUGGACUGGGUAAAGGAGCAGGGUGACACUUUGACUUCAGUCGAUGCACCCAAAUAUACUGGACAAGUUGAUGAAAAACUCAAAGUACAACAGGAUGUUCAGAAUGAACUCGCCACUCGGCAAAAUGACAUCGACACCAUUAUCAAAGCGACAGAGGAGAACCUCCUGAAAAAUAAAGAUAAACUUACUCCAGAACAGCAACGUGAUAUUGAGAAGACUGUGGACGAUUUGAAAUCAGCAAAGGAGAAAGUCCAGGAAAUGGCUGACAACAAACUCAAAGAACUAGAGGCAGAGAAAGGGAGAAAACAAAUGCAGCUCCAAGAAGAGGCUGAUAUACAGCAGAAAUGUCAGAAAGACAUUAGACUUCUUAAUGAUCUCUUGGCUUGGGUAGUUGCUACAGAGGAAAAACUUGGCCUGCAGCAGCCGCUGAGAGAAGAGUCUCACACUGCAAGAGCCCAGGUCAAAGAACUUGAGGCUAUACAAGAUGAUGUAAAAAAACACGAGGAACCAGUGUACCAGACUCUUCAAGAUGUCCAACUACUUGUUGCCUCAAGUGCCGACAAGAUGACGCCGGAAAGCAAGACAACACUACAGGAUACCCAAUCAGAGUUACGAAACGAUAUGACCACUUGCUUGAUCAUGUGACUGAGAGAACCACUGAAUUGAAGGACAGUGUGGAUGACUUGGCAGCUUUUGAAGACGCCAUGAAGGACUUCGAAGAAUGGCUGCAUAAAGCGGAGAAGACCUUCAAUGUCAUUAAGGAAGAUAUCGGUACCGACCCAGAGUCUUUAAAUGUGCAAGCCAGACAGAUUAAAAUGUUCAAAG